GACAGUCGUAGUCGCGGACGCGGUCGCGUUUAACCGUCGCCGUUCGUCCAUCGUCUCGACGCUGCCGGAGUGCCGUUUUUUUUUUUCUAUUCUUUUCGUUUUGCACUCGUCGACCGUUCAAUAUUUGAUUUUUCGUUUUUUCCCCCUCGUCGAAUCGGUUCGGUUAUCGCGUAAAUUCUUCCCGUCUCGACCGCUCAGUCGGUUGUAAGUCGUCCCGAUCGCCGGAACAUCGCGUUUUGCGUUCGCUGGUGCGUCAACUUCGGGUAUCGUUCGCGAUACCGGCAAUAACGAGUCGUCCUGCGUUCAAUGAUUUCGUUCCGCGUCCAACAAAGGAUUAUACCCGAAUAAUAGACGUGUGCCGCGCAGACGUCCCGUGAAGUUUCACUUAAGAGCCUGGGAUAUAUCUACGUUUAACAGUCCCGGGAAGGAGUCGACGGCGGACAAGUUUCGACGACGAGGCGACGAUGACCCGCGCCCGCGACCACCGCGUCCUGCCGCCGCACCGUCACCGCGACAUCGAAUGCCAACGGCUCGGCCCGACCACGCCGUAGUGACCUAACCCGGUACGAGCGCCACGCGGUACCGCUGGUGUUGUUCCUGUUACCGUUGUCGCGCGGUGCGAGCACGAUGUUCCGUUUCGACCUGACCGCCGCUGCAGUUACGAACCGGUGUACGUGAUGGCCAACAGCGACGCUAGAAUGUGGGGCCACAGCGUGCAAGUGUCGUCCGGUCCGGUCACCGUAACGUCCAUAAAUCUGAUCGCUCCCCGGUUGCCCAACACGCAGAUCACGACGAUAAAAGAGGAACCGAAUGAAAAGGACGGUACAAUGACAGAAAUCAAAGAAGACAACAUCGACGAAGUCGGUUCUGAAUGCGACCGAGAGGUUAGUAAAAUUGAUUUUUCCGGAGUCACCAUGAGAAGUAAAAAAAUGAGAGCAGUUGAAGAAAAUAUGCCUCGACCAAUGUCCUGGGAAGGAGAGCUAUCCGAUUCAGAAAUGAAACAAGAUGAAGAUAGAAUUAUGGACAUGCAAACAGGAAAUCAAAAUUAUUUAUUGCCGCGAAAUAGUAAUGUAAAUAACCAACAAGCAUCUCCAGUCAAAAGGAUUAUUUAUAAUGAUAAUAACUUAACUGACGUUAUGGAACAUGUUAAAAGUAAAGUAGCAUCAUCAAAUGGCGAAAUUCCGUUACUCGUUGAUAAAUUGUUAGGCGGUGGUUGUAGCCCAUUAUUGCAACAUAGAACUAAUGGAGUCAAACAGCCAUCACAUAUUCCACCGACCCAAAGCCCAGACUCAGCUAUACAUUCUUGUUGCUCUCCUGCACAGUCACCAAUCACUUCAAGACAUAAUCCUCCAUCAUCUUCAGGGUUUUCAUCGCCCUCUACAUUUACACCAUCAUCAUUGUCGAGAAAUAAUAGCGAUGCGUCUCAGUAUGGUGGAUCGCAACAUAGUUCUUGUUAUAGUCAGAGUUAUUCCUCAGUAUCCGUUUCACCCACCCAAUUUUCUCCAACACAAUCACCAAUUCAACCUAGACAUAUACAAAGAAAUUUUCAUGAGUAUAGUGUAGCAGAGGAAACUAAUGGAUAUGAAGAAAAAAUAGCAAUGUCAGACAUUGGUCAACAACAUGGCAUAACGUCUGGUAUUUCAAGGCAACAAUUAAUUAAUAGCCCUUGUCCAAUCUGUGGAGAUAAAAUUUCUGGUUUUCAUUAUGGUAUAUUUUCGUGUGAAAGCUGCAAAGGAUUUUUUAAGCGUACUGUACAAAACCAUAAAAAUUAUGUAUGUUUACAUGGUUCAGCAUGUUUGAUUACAAUAGCUACUCGUAAAAAGUGUCCUGCUUGCCGGUUUGACAAGUGCUUAAAUAUGGGUAUGAAACUUGAAGCAAUUAGAGUUGAUAGAACUAGAGGUGGGCGCAGUACAUAUCCAUUUACUUAUACUAUCCCACAAACAAAUAUUCAGCAACAACAUGGUGGACAGCACUCUGGAAUGACCACUAAUUCUGUUGACAAUAAGGUCAAGCAGGAAGAACGAGUAUGUAGAUCUCCACCACAAGAAGCAGCCAGACUGAUCCCUCCAUUAUUGCAAGAAAUAAUGGAAGUGGAACAUUUAUGGACUUAUAAUGAAGGCUCAUUUGAAUCAUCAAGUGCUAGUGGAAGCUCUAUGAACCAUUGUGGUGGCGCCAAAGAAUUAGCCAAGAGUCGUUUAAUGGCUGAAAACUCAGGAACAGAUUUUCUCUCUAAUUUAUGCAAUAUUGCUGACCAUCGGCUUUACAAAAUAGUGAAAUGGUGCAAAUCGUUACCCUUGUUUAAGAAUAUUUCGAUUGAUGAUCAGAUUUCAUUAUUGAUAAAUGCUUGGUGUGAGUUACUGUUGUUCAGUUGUUGUUACCGGUCUGUUAGCAGUCCUGGAGAGAUACGGGUCAGUUUAGGCAAAUCCAUUUCUUUGGAUCAAGCAAGAGACUUAGGCUUAGCACCCUGUAUCGAGCGAAUGUUAAAUUUCACUCAACAUUUGAGACGAUUAAGAGUAGAUCGAUAUGAAUAUGUGGCCAUGAAAGUCAUCGUGCUACUAUCAUCAGAUACUAAUGACUUGAAAGAACCAGAAAAAGUUCGUGCAUCCCAAGAAAAAGCAUUACAUGCAUUGCAGCAAUAUACUGUAGCACAUUACCCAGAUAUGCCAUCUAAAUUUGGAGAACUAUUGUUAAGGAUACCUGAUUUACAACGUACUUGUCAGCUUUCGUAUGAAAUUGGAUUUAUGGUCGGAAAAGAAAUGCUAUCAAUUAAGAGUAAAGAAGGAGAGGGACAAAGUUUUAAUCUCUUAAUGGAGUUAUUGAGAGGAGAUCAUUAAUAAUUAUUACUAGUUUAUUAUAUAAAUGUCUGUGAAAGUAUUUCUAAUUUUUAUAAG